UAGAAUCAGCCAUUCAUCCUACGUGCUCCCUCUGGAUUCGAUACACUAGUCUCACUUCAGGUCAUCUACCAAAGUGGGAUACUAUUAUAUCGCUCUAAAGACCCCUUUCAACUAUGGACGAGAGCACGCAUGAAACUGAGAACGCGGUUGCGAUUGCAAACGCCAAAUCCAAAAGAAAGCCAAAAAAGCCGAUUCAGAAUUUAUCCAGCCCAAACAAUGCAGCUACUGUUGAAGAUAGCUGCUCGACCGGCGAAUUCGAUGCGAGUUACAAGAAACUGAUUCAGGGCACCAUCUCGCAACUAUCGACCCAGAUCGAUAUGCUCAACCUGCUCACAAAAAAAACGCGAGAAGCGAAAUAUGCAGUGCAACACGGAACAUAUAAGUGCAUUGAUCCAGAAGAAGAUGUCAUACAUGUAAUUUUUUCCAGGGCAUUCAAGUCUGUGCCACAGAUAACAGUGGGCUUCAGUUCUGUCGAUCUUGGAGAGUACUAUUCGGGGGGCGGCUCGACAGCUACAGUCGAAGCCAUUAGUGUUACCCCUACACGGUUUACAGUCCGUGUUGUAUCCGGGCCAAACACAUUUAUGAGAGAUUUCUCCGUGGUUUGGAUAGCUAAGGCAGAUGAGUGUGAUCCCCUACCCAAUCGUGUCGAGCCGCCAAACGAUACAUCAUAUAUCAUAGUAGGCCGACACUAUUACGAGAGCAGAGACCUGGGCUUGGAACAUGAUGCUAUCACAAUAUAAUGAUCAACUAGGGUUGCAUGAGUCCUUGACCAACAACCAACUCCUUCUGGGCUGUUGGUGGCUUGACUCGGCUCUAUAUACAAAUGGUCUGCCAGCCUAGACAGCCUGGGUCUCUAGGGUCUAUUUCAAGAAGCGAAGUCUGUAU